GUUCGAACUCUGUAUGUAACUUGAGCCUGCAUGCUUCCUACAUUCCAAUCAGUUGAGCGAUCCCGAAAUUGAUCAUCGAUGCGAAUGUUGAAGAUUCCCUCGAUCUGAACAGUUUGUUGUCGACAGCUUCGCACCAUGUGCUUCAGUGACGAUGCGUACCAGCGCACCAAUGCAUCGCUCCAUCCCCGCCUGCAAUCGCUGUCGGAGCCGGAAAACACGUUGUGACACUGGGCGUCCACGCUGCACUCCAUGCCUUCGGGCAAACUCUUCCUGCUUCUACUUCGAUCCAAGUACGAAAACCAACGUUCCACGACAGUCCAUCUGCGACCUAGAGGCGCAAUUGGAACAGCUUCAACUCGAACACGACAAAUUGCUUGCAGAAAGCUCGUUUCAUCCGAGAGACGCAGCAAGUCUCCAUUCCGAGACCUCCCGCGAUGCUCAGCUUCUGGCCGCGGAAGCGGCACAGGCCAAUUAUACGAUUGAUCCUACCUCGAGAACAUCUGGGCGGCAUCCGGCUCUUGGUAGUAGAAUCGGCAGCAUCCAAGCCGACUUGAUCGAUCUAGGAGGUGCCCGAGGCGAAGCGCAUUAUCUGGGAGACUCAAGCGGGUUACACAUUGCACGAGCUGUUCUGGAGACUGCUCGGCAGAACGACCCAAACUUGGAUGCAUUUUCUGUCCAUGAGAGUCCGGUCCUCGCGAAUGACAUUUCCUGCUCUCCGUUGAAUGAGCUGGCGGCCCUGCCAGGUCACGCAACCAUCCAAGAGCUCGCGGCUAUCUUUUUCUCCCAUUUUCAAGUUCAAUAUCCAAUCUUGAUCGAGGAUGAAUUUUUGCAGGAAAUCCCGACUCUCUCUGAUGCUUCCCGCGUCAAAUCUCGGUUCAUGGUCACAAUGGUGAUUGCCAUUUCACUGUCCUGUCUCUCCAGGAGCCAUCCCCACGCCGCUGCCUUGGCUGAGACUUAUGCUAGUCAUGCAUUAUUGGAUCUUCCUGCCAUCUUGCAAAAGAAGGAUACCCAAGCACUGCAGUGUGUUCUACUUUUGCUUCUCUACUCAUUGCUCACUCAGACCAAAACGCCGACUUGGUACAUUUCUGGCCUCUGCACCAGAAUGUGUGUGGAUCUUGGGCUGCAUAACGAAGAUUCAAUCCUGUCUCCUGGUUCCGAUUUCCAGAAUGAUGCAGAAGAUAGAGUGAUCGACACAAAGCGACGUCUGUUCUGGGUCACUUACUCCUUCGACAGGACCUUGAGCACUAUUCUUGGACGACCGUUUACACUCACCGAGGAAACAAUCGAUGUGAAGUAUCCAUAUUCAACCGUGUCGAUCGACAAACGCGAUCAGGUGAUACAUUGGCUGCGUUUGCAGAGAAUUCAGAGCCAGAUGGUGCUCAAGCUAUAUGGAUCAACAAGACUGAAUCACCAACUUAACAAGGACGACCUUCAGGCCUGGACCUGCGAAAUGUCCUCCAGCUUGGAUGACUGGCUGUACGAAAGUCGACGACUGGAGAACGGAGGACUUCAAGAUUUAGACUGGUGGACCUACUGGUACUACAACACGCUUUUGUUCUUGAACCGGCCUUCGCCCAAUCGGCAUGAUUUGGAGCCAGAGCAACUUCUGACUUGCCUUACAGCAUCCAAAAAUACCGUCCAGCUCUCGUUCAUUCGGCAAAAUACAGGGGUAGCUGGAUUCACUUGGCUCGAUCUCCAAUAUCAACUUUCGGCAGGAAUAACUCUUCUGUUUGCUCUUCGGACAAGUUCGGAUGUCCGUGCAGAAGCAAAGCGUGACUGGACCACAAUAAAGAGCUGCUUGGUGCAGUGGGAGAACGUACUCAACGAAAUGAUCAAGACGUGGCCAAAAGUCAGUCGAGCAAGGGAUAUCCUUGUCACUCUGGCACGACAGACAACGGAAUUGGUGGAAAGGGAGAUCAAAGGCAUUUUACAGUCUUGUUCUCGUGCAGCUGGCUCGAGUACUUCUCAAACAUUACCUUCGACAGCCAUUGAUACAUGGUUGACACUGCGCACCAACGGAUCCCCAGGUACCCAGAAUAGGUCAGAGUUGCAACCGAGAGCUCCUCGAGCGGACUGGACAGGCUUGCGCUCCCAACAGGAUUUUCGACAAGAAAGCCCUAAUGAGACCAUGUAUCGCGAAACUUCUGCUGCAAACAACGAGAGUACCGGAGUAUCUGGCACUGAAAGCGCGUUGUCGGGUCUGCCAGCAUCAAAUGCCCGACUCGACCCAAACAAUCUUCUUGGAUCCGACCACAUACAACCUGGCGAGUUUCGGAAGGAUUGGGGUCCCUCAAUGGCAUUCCAGCAGUCUUUCGAUGAGUUUGGGACUUUUGAGUACUUCGCAAACGUUGGACGACUGCCAUAUGAUGACAUGGCCACCUUUGGCGAUUUCGAUCUUAUGGAGCCCUUCUAUAUGGAGAGCGCCUUGAACUUCGAAGGCGAUCUUGAGAUGACAUGAAUACAACAACAUGCCACAUUCCUACCGUCGAUAUAACAAAAAGCAACCUCGUCUGCAUGCAUGCUACCUAGCAGAUUUCCCUUUGGUAAUUUCCAAGACCAGGUCUUGCAAUUCAUUGCGCGAAUCCGAUCCACCUUGUUUGUCUCGAAGUGUGUCGAAAGGUUGCAAUCUUGUCGGAGCUGAAUGAUGCCAGAAGUUGACAACUUCCUUGGGCAUGUGCGACUCCAUGUCCUGAAUACCCUGGCUUUGUUCGGCCUGCGGUUUUAUCAACAACUCCACAGCUGCAGUGCUCAGCUUUUCAAAUCUUUUGGCCAGAAGACGACCCUCCUCCCAUCGAUCUGAAAGCGAUCUUAACAUGAAAUUGACAUCAGCAACUCCCCUCCACAAGUCAAGCGAUUGUGUUGGAGCUGCAGCAUCGACUUGAUCGGUAUUUGUCUCUGGUGGAUCAACGUCAACCUUCUGAAUAUGCCGCAGCUGCCAGUAGGCAUAUAUGAUGGCAAGGCCCGCAGUAUAUGCCUUCGCUGAGGCGAUUUGGACAUAAAAGAUCUCAUUUCCUUCCACUAAUUCACGAUAUGCCUUUACGAAGCUGAGGGAUGCCCUCCACAGUUCCCGGAGAUCUUCUGGCGUCCGUUUUCGGAUAGCCCGACACGGACGGUAGAUGAGCAUCAUGCCCUGAGACCAUUCGCUCUUGAGCAAAAGUCGAGCAUGUUCGGACAUGAACAUGGUAUUUUUCCGAGCCCAAUCCUCGAACUGCUCCACCAAUUCUUCAACCAGCCGAACAGGAUUCUCUGUUAUUUCUGACAUGUACAGUUUCUCGUAUGCAAGAGACUGAAGUCUCAAGACAUGGUAUCUCUGCUUGUAUCCCGAGAUUUCAUUUUCGGUCGCUUCAGAUCCGAUGCUGAAAUGGGGCACGUCCACGUGGAUGACCUGAUCAGAGAUCUCACAAGGCCGUCCAGUGCCGAGGGAGAUUGAGCGGUCAAAUGAAUACAUAGACCAAAACAGCCGGCGCCUUGUUUCUAGCAAGUUGCCGCUCAUCUCAAUAGAUGGACCACUGGGAUCUUGGUGCAGUCCGAGGUCGACACAGAUGCGCAUGCCGACUCCAACGAGGUACCAGGCGUUCAGCUGUGAUGGGUUUAGGGUGGCAUAUUGAAUGAGGAAAAGGAUUGCCUGGCGGCUUGGAAGCUCUCAGCAGCACUAAGGGAAAUCACAGAAUCGACAUUACGUGAGAGCGAUGCUGUUGAAAUAGCACAUACAAUCAGCACUGUGAAAUAUGAAUAACCAAUAUUGGUUACUUUGUCAAGG